AUGCUUCAUGCAAGAACCAGGGUGGUACGCGGCCGGGUAAUAUAUAAGGCAGGUGCUCGUUCAGAAUGGAAAGCCAGAACAUCAUCUUUCUAUCUUCUACAUUCCAAGUAUCACAGCAUCAUGAACAGCAAUCCAAUCCACACAGAGAGGCACAUGCGCAUCAUUUGCGUGGGUGCCGGCGCAUCUGGGCUGUGCUUCGCGUACAAGCUGCAACGCUCAUUCGCCAACUUUACUCUUACAAUGUACGACACUAGUCCCGAUGUGGGGGGUGUUUGGUACCAGAACAAGUACCCAGGAUGCGAGUGCGAUUAUGAGGCACACAACUACACGUACUCCUGGGAGCCUAAAGCGGAUUGGCCCCAGGUAUACGCAUCUGCCGAUCAGAUUCAGGGCUAUUUCGCUGAUUUCGCUCGAAAAUACGACCUCUACCCUUACUGCAAGUUCAAUCACCGCGUGGUGGCCGCUGACUGGAAGGAGGAACAAGGCAGCUGGCAAGUAUUGGUCCAAGAUGAAACCGGUACCACGACGAGUACGGAAUGUGAUAUCUUGGUCAACGCCACCGGGAUCUUGAGUACACCCAAGUGGCCUGACAUCCCGCAGCUUGAGAAGUUUGGUGGGGCAAAGAUGCAUAGCGGUGCAUGGGAUACGAGCCUUGACUUGACAGGGAAAAAAGUGUGUCUCAUCGGUAACGGGUCCUCGGGACAGCAGAUCUUACGGGCUAUACAGCCUAUUGUUAGUGAUCUCACGGUUAUGAUCAGGCAGCCAACCUGGGUAUUCGGGCCCUUUGGGGAGCCACAAAGAGAUUACACUGCCGAGGAGCUCCAAAACUUCAAAGACCACCCGGAAGUCUUGACAGCAAAGCGUAAGCGCUUCGAGAGUCGGGUCAAUAGUUACUUUGGAUUCUGCCAGAAGGAUUCCCCUCAACAGUCUCAGAUCCGAGACCAUCUAACCAAAGCUAUCCGCGAAAAGCUCGGCGAAUUGGGAUCUACAAAGGUCGACGAGAGCGCGGUAAUCCCGAAGUAUGGAGUGGGGUGUCGGCGACCAACGCCAGGGAUUGGAUACAUUGAGGCUAUCACUGCAUCCAAUGUCUCACUCGUGGUGGGCCGAGCACGCGAGGCCACGGAGAAAGGUAUCGUCGAUGACAAGGGUAUAUUGCAUGAAGUCGACGUUUUGAUAUGCGCAACCGGAUUUGAUACUAGUCACCGACCACCCUUCACGCUGCGCGGUAGUGGGGGCAAGGAUCUGGCAACUGCAUGGCGCGAGAGGUCUACUGCAUACCUGGCUCUUGCGGUACCCGACAUGCCAAAUUACCUUGUGUUUUAUGGGCCAAACAACCCUUUCGGGAGCGGUCCUUUCCUAGCCACUGUUGAGGCCCAAGCGGACUACAUGCUCAAAGUGUGUGAUCGCUGGCAGACGGAAAAUGUUCAUGCAUUCUCCCCCAAACCGGAAGUUGUGCAAGAGUUGCAGCAGCACCUCGACAGCCUGAUCGCCAAAACGGUCUGGGCAGAUUCGUGCAACUCGUGGUACAAACCCGAAGGACAGAAUGUCCCUGCGAACCUGUGGCCUGGAAGUGGUCUGCAUUACAUGGAGACGAUUUCUGCAGUCAGAUGGGAGGACUAUGAUGUUCGUUACAAGGGAAACCGGUAUGCCUGGUUAGGCAACGGAUUUAGUCAGAUUGAGACGGACCCAGAGUGUGAUCUCGCCUUCUACAUUGGUAACGAGGAUGAUAGCGAGAUGAUUGGAAAGCGUACACGGCGACGAAAGGCGGCAGGAGGAAACAUGGUGGACCCCGACUCGCUGCACGUCUUCGGUCCAAAGGAUUGA